AUGGGCACAGAUCCAACGACUUCCUCCAUAUCGAAGGACAAUCAUCAAACGGCACCGCCUCCCUAUUCCUCCAUUGAUCCAGAUGACAUCCGGGAACCAUCAUUGGGCUCGUUGUCUUCCGAUUCUAUGACUCCGGAUAGUUCUGACCGAGACGAAGAGUGUGAGAUGGAACCCAAAUCAAGCUGGAUGCCUCAACUGCAUCAACGGCUCAACGCCCCCGGACGUUUGUGGGCCCCACUCCAAGUGAGCAUUCUUAUUCUUGAAUAUCUCAUUCCUGCCCAAGGCGCGCCUGCCCCUUUGGCGAUGCUAAAUACGGCCGGUAGUAUUGUGGGAUUUGUACCCAACCAUUGGGCACAACUGGCGGGAGGUAUAGUAAACGUGACCGCUGGACUGGGCACAGCUGCCACGCGCAUUAUUCGGACCAAGUAUUUCUUGGACAAGGUCAACCGCGACUAUUUCGAACCCAGAGGCCUGAAAGCGUCAUUAUGCAAAUCGAAAAGUUUGGCAGCCAAGCUGGGCUGCGGUGAACAGCUCCCGGAGCUCUUACCUAUCACACCAGAGACUUGUGAUAUGAAUCUGCAAGACCGGCGAAUGCUGACUCUGGAGCCAUACAUUGCCCCCCUUACCUUCGAUGUCCCACCGCCCAGCAAAGAGCGGAACUUUGUCGAUAGGAUGACCGAAAAGCAGAUCGAGCGGACUCUAAAGAAAAAAGCAAAGAAGAAGGAGAAGAGAUCGAAUAAAAUUAGAGAAAGCAACCUGAAUCGGCCACGCGAUGAAUCCAAAUAUGUUGAUCAUUUAGAUGGCAGCCUCAACGACAAAAAGGUCUUGAAGUUGGAAAAGCGCCAUAGUAAGAAUCAACGAAAGAUGGAAAAGGCCGAAAGAAAAGCCGCCGAGAAGAUGGAAAAUGCAGGCCCCUUUGAGUCCAAAAAGAUCAAGAGGAAGCAAGAAAAGAGGAUUCGGAAAGCCGAGAAAGAGUGCAAUAGGUUGGAGGGAAGGGAGGAAGAGAUCUUCUCAAAGGCUGCCAAGAAAAGAAAUAAGAGACACGCAAAAGAUGUUCGGAAGGUGGAGAAGAUUGAGUAUCUAUUGAUAGAGUCUUUGAUGGGAUUGACGAGUGGAAGCAGCCGCGGUUAA